GCUGCUGGGGGUGUUUAUAAAAAGAAAAGCAUUCCCUUCCCGGCUCUCACUGUCAACAACCUCCCAUGCCGAAGACACACUCAGCACAACUGAGAGAGUGGGGAAGCAGUUUGAGACCUAGCAUCAUUUAAACCUCCUACACAGGGAAAGAAGAAGAGAAAAAUGAAGACAGGACAUUUUGAAAUGAUCACCAUGCUGCUGUCAGCUAUGAUUUUAAUGGAUAUUUUCCAGGUGAAGGCUAAUACAUUAGACAUGGCAGAUAAUGCAUUUGAUGAUGAAUACCAGAAAUGUUCUGAUAGGAUGGAAAUCAAGUAUAUUCCGCAACUGCUCAAGGAAGAGAAAGCAAGCCAUCAGCUUUUGGAAGAUGUGUGGGAAAAUGCAAAAGCCAAAUGGGAAGCUCGGAAGACUCAGCUGUUUCUCCCCAUGAGUUUUAAGGAUAACCAUGGAAUAGCCUUGACGGCUUUUAUUAAUGAAGCUCAAGAGCAAACUCCCUUUUACCAGCUGUUCAACGAAGCUGUGAAGGUGGCCGGCCAGUCUCGAAAAGAUUACAUCUACGGCUUCCAGUUCAAAGCUUUGCAUUUUUACCUGACGAAAGCCCUGCAGUUGCUGAGAAGACCUUGCGAGGACAGCUACAAGAAUGUGGUGUACAGCACGAGCCAGGCCCCUUCGUUUACCGGUGGAGGGCUAAACCAAGCCAGGUUUGGCCACUUCACCUUGGCAUAUUCAGCCAAACCUCAGGCUGCAGAUGACCAGCACGUUCUGCUAACCAUUCGCUCCUGCUUUGGAGUUGCCAUUGAAAAAUUUUUUGAUAAAGAAAGUACAAGUGAAAGAAUUGUUUUAAUACCCCUGAAUGAGGUUUUUCAUGUGUCACAGGAUGGGGCUGGCAACAACCUUAUCCUUCUCAGCACAAACAAGACCUGCAGCCACUACGAGUGUGCGUUUCUCGGAGGACUAAAAACUGCAAACUGUGUUGAGAACAUGGACUAUUUCCAACCCAUCCAUGUCUCCAGCCCUGGUGAUAAAAACCAGAAGCUUGAAGACCCUGGAGUGAAAAGCCAGGAGUCCCCAGUCUUACCUGGUAUGAAGAGCCAUGAGCCCAUCCAAAUACCUGGAAUGAAAAUUCCAGAACCUUUCCCAUUACCUGAAUAUAAAAGUCAAGAAGAUAUCAACAGUCUGACUCCAGCUCCAGCUCCAGCUCCGGCUGCAGUUCCAGUUCCUAGUCCCAAAACUCAUCCCUCUGCAUCCUCUGGCAAAAUGCUCCUUCCACUGUUUGAGACAUUUGUUAUUUUAAUCAGUGCUUCUACUAUAAAUCUCUUCGUUGCUCUGUAGUCUGAUACCUUGACAGUUGAAGUACAUUACAUGGAUCCCACAGGAAAUAAUCAAAAGAACUGUUAUAUUUUUCACUUGUUGGCUAAAGUCAGUUGAUAAAAUGAGAACUGUGUAUGUUAUUUACUUUGAAAAUUCAGAAAGUCUAUCCAGUUAUGUUACAGAAUCAUUUUCACUUAUUUGUGUAUUAAUCUUACAACUGCAAAAACUCUAUUUCUGAUUGAAUUCAAUAAAAGACUUUAAGAUUA